UAUUAAAUAACCAUGUCUUGGGAUGCUUAUGUGACAAAUUUGACAGCUAAUGGAGCUCUUGAAUAUGCUGCUAUUAUUGGAUUAGAUGGAAACAUUUGGGCAAGCAAUUUUGGUGUUGCCGUCCUUCCUUCAUAUUAAACAGAUGUACCAGAUGAGAAGAAUCCAGACGCUACAACUAAAGUUGCUUAUGAUGAGAAAACAGCUUUUGUUCACUCUAUCACUCAUAAUGGAAAUUCUGGAAAUCCAGCUGGAGUUAGAGUCAACAAUCAAAAAUAUUAUUCAGUAUAAUUUGAUGCUGAAUCUAAGACAUGGUAUUUGAAGAAGGUAUUAACUAAAUAAUAAUAAUCUCUAGAGUAAAGGAGGAGCAUGUGUUGCUUGGGCAAAUACAGUCGCUGUCUUUGCUUCAUUCUCCCAAACAAUUAAUGCUGAAAAUGGAGCUCCUUAAAAUGCUAGUGAUUGCAAUAAAAGAGUCAUUGAUAUGGCUAAGUACCUUGCUGAUUCUGGAUAUUGAGUUUGUUAAGUUCACACAAAAUAUUAAUAAUCAUACAUCA